ACAACAGAAAGGAAGAUGAAAAACAGGAUGGAAAAGUACGAAGAUCUGGAUGGACAGAAAAUUAAUAACAACGACGCUAUCAAAGAAUGCCAGAAUAAGUUUUAUUCAAAAUUGUGUGAAUUACGUGAACGGGCUCGGAAAACGGGCCUCGAAAAAGAAUUUGUCGCCCAUGUGUUUAGGCGAGGAAAAUUUCAACCACAAAAACAUAGAUCAUGGCCCAAAAAAGUACCAAUGGCCUUGACCGUAUCGUUUCUUGUCAUGGCAGGGGUCGUAACCUUUGCUGGGGUAGUCAUAAAGGUUACCGGGUGGGAUGAGAAAAUAUGUACCUCAUUUCGCAAGUCUCAUUGCCUUCUAAAAAAUAGGGGUUUCACGAUAGAAAUCGCAAGGCCUCUAAUGAACUGUGAUUGUUGUAGAAAUCUCAAAGAGGUCCCCAUGGAAAGGAAUAUCUCCACAGACUAUUUUGUGAGGAAAUAUGCAUACACCGCAGUGCCUGUUCUUAUUAAAGAUGCUACUCAAAACUGGACAGCAUUGAUGGAUUUCAGUUUUGAUUUUUUUAAAAAUGUGUACACAACUAUGAAAAAUGCUUUGACAGUAAUCGAGGAAAAAUGUCAGUUUUUUCCUUUGAAUACAGAGUUUAAGACUCUGGCUGAUGUAUUCAACAUUUCCGCAAAAAGGGCCAAUUUUACCCCAGGGGAAAAACCCUGGUAUGUCGGGUGGAGUAACUGCCACUCGAAGGUGGCGACCGUCCUCAGACAGCACUAUAACCGACCUUACUUCCUUCCUGUGGACUCCAAGUCUAGUAGGGUUGACUGGAUCUUCAUGGGCGGGCCUGGACUUGGGGCAUUCGUUCACAGGAACGUUAAGGCCACCCACGGACAGAGAGUGCCCUUUAAUAACGAGCCAAUGUUCCAGGAACUGACGCAAUUAAACUCCACGAUAACUUCCUGUUGA